AUGGAGGUCCUUCACACGCCUCCGGUCGCGUCCUCAUUCACCCCUCUGGCCGAACACCAGUCGCGCACUCCGGAAUCCUUCUACGACGGUCCCCCCGUGCUGCACUACCACAGCGACCGAUGCAAAGUCGUCAUUCUCGAGAGCGAUCUUACUGCGGCGCCGGCGCUCAAUGCCCUGUGUGGGCCUGCUGUGAGCUCGAACGGUGAUGCGGAGGUGAAUGGGUCGGCGACAGCACCACCAGUAGCUGAAACUACUGCAGCAGCAGCUGCUGCUGAGCAGGAUGCAGAGGGAGAAACGACGCAGGAAAAGGAGAUUGUCAUUGACGAUGUGGAUGUAUGGGUUACUUCAGAUAAAUUCCUGCUCUACCGUACCCCUGCGAACGCUGGCGUCGCGAUCCCCUACCCCUCGAUAUCGCUGCAUGCAAUCCAGAGACUACGUCUGCCCGACGUGCCAGGCGGCGAUGAAGUGCAGGGGCUGUACAUGCAGAUCGCCAACCCCUCCGCCGAGGGCCCCAGCGAAGAGGACGAGGAGGAAGAGAGUGUGACGCUGACCAUCAUCCCGCCGCCGGUGACGGACGCAGCGAGCGCAGCUCUGGGGUCGGCCACCGCGGGGACAGAGACAACGGCUCUGGCAGCGGAGGACAUGGCCGCGGAGGAAAACAAGACCGAAGAGACGGCCACGCAGGCGCUAUUUGCCGCCGUGUCCGCGUGCUCAAACCUCCAUCCGGACCCGAUCAGCCACGGCGAGGACGACGACGAGGACUACGACAUGGCCGAGCAUCAGGCUGGGGUGGGCUCGCUUCUCCGGUCCGGCGUGAUCGCUCCCGGCAGCAAUGACGGCGGCCUGCCGCCCCCGGUGGACGGGAGCUCGGGCUGGAUCACGGCGGAGAACAUGCACGAGUAUUUUGACGAGGAGGGGAAUUGGAUUGGAGAGGGCGAGCCGCCGUCGUUGCCGUUGGGGCCUGGCGCGGGGACUGUGCGGCCGAGAGAGGACGAGGGAGAGGGGGGAUGGGAGAGGGGGGAUGGAGAGGAGACGAAAUGGAGGAGGACGGGGUAG